ACACUACACAUCAGUUGUAUUUUGACAGCUCCAUUCCUGUGAACAACAUUAUUUUGCAGUCAUUUUCGAUCAGAUUUGAAGACAAAUUUAGUGAAAAAUCGCAAUGUCUGGAGUAGCUAAACGUGACAUUGGACCAUUACUGCAAAAAUUCCGUGCGUUUCUACUCGGGAGACAACACAUAAAUAAUCUUCGCUUUGAAGAUGGUCUGGCUGACCGUACAACACCACCGCCAGAACUUCCCGAUGGACCAGCUCAUAAACUAUCCGCCAAUUAUUAUGUGAAUCGUGAUGGUCGUAGGGAAGUAGCUCCACCACAAGUUUUGGCUACACAAAACGCAUUGAUCGGAUCGGGGGAAAGUGUGUCAAAACCGCCAGUACCAGGAGCCGUUUUCCGUUGGGAUUGAGCUGAUAAGUGAUUGGUCGAUGGAGUGUGGGAGUUUUGUUUUAGCUCUUACCGAAAUGAAAUCGUAGUUAAUUUUGCUGUGGAACUUACAAUUCAGAGCAAAUAAAUCUGUAAAUCUUAUUCGACGCUUUUAA